AAAACUUUAGUAAAAAAGCCCCAAGUUGUGAGUUUUGCUAUGAGUUACCCGCGCGCGCGCGAAAUCCAUGCCUUCCAAAAUCAGCGUUCUCGUUCCCGCCAUUGUUACAACAUUCACAUUUUUCUUCCGCACAUAAUAAGGGGCAAACCAUGCUUAAAACGAAGAACUCGUUUUCGCUCCGAUCCCCAAAAUCUGAAGAUUCCGCCGGAAAUGGAUCUCCCUGCCAAAAAGCUCGGCCUCUCCGAGAACAAGUUGCUCAUCCGUAGAGCUGCCGAACUCCGCAGACGGGCUGAUAUCCUAUUUGAUUCGUCCAUCAUCGGAGUUGGUGAAGUAUGCAAAGCUAUCAUCUGCCUCGAAAUUUCCGCCUCUGAGAUGGGGGUGAUAUUUGAUCGACAUGCUGCAAUUAGGAUGAGCGGAAUGAGUGAAAAGGCUUACAAUAGAUCAUUCAAUUCAAUGCAGAAUGGCGUGGGAAUCAAGAAUAAGCUUGAUAUUCGAGAAUUAGCUAUUCAGUUUGGGUGCAUUAGGCUAAUACCCAUUGUUCAAAAGGGGCUAGCACAAUACAAAGAACGGUUUCUUACAUCAUUACCACCUUCUCGGAGGCUCAGUGCUGAUUUUACCAGGCCCGUGUUCACUGCGGUGGCCUUUUAUUUGAGUGCAAAAAAACACAAGUUGAAGGUGGACAAAAUUAAGUUAAUAGAGAUCUGUGGAACAUCAGAAUCUGAAUUUUCCAAUGUUUCUACUUCCAUGAAGGACUUGUGCUUUGAUGUUUUUGGGGUAUCUAAAGAAAAGAAAGAUGCUAAAGAAAUCAAGGGUAACCGAGGAUUGCUCGAUGCUUUACCUGAGAAAAGAAGGAUUGAUGACGGGGGCUAUUCAUCUGAUGAGGAUCAGUCUUGCUACAAGAGGCAAAAACGAAUGCACAAAGAAGAAUAUGAGAAGUGGAAAUACACUGUUAUCAACUCCAGCAAACCUUGCAAAUCUAAAGCUCCUUUGAAGCGAACCAAACAAGCUCAGCUGAACUUCUCGAAGACAGUUCCUGAAAGUGAAGUAGAAGCUGCAUGAUGCACACAUGCUUGUUUGUAUGAAUUGUCAAAGGAUGGCCAGAAAACGGAGAAGCAAAGGUUAAGGGCGAUAUGUUCUUGUUCUGUAUUAAAUUAUUGUUAGUUGACAUGUAAUGUAGGACUGAAAAUGCUCACUGAUUUCAUUGUCUGUCAACAAAAAGUAAAAACAUACUGUCUAUGGUGUACUCAUAGGGUUCUUAUUUAUCUUUCUUCAACAAAACAUUUCCUUGUUC